UCCUAUGCAUAAAACACGCACAGCAUUCCCGACCACACUUACACUACUGCGACAUCUUUCAGUACGUGUGAUUCAACCUAUUUUGUCACAUGGUCCUUAAUUUCACUUACAGUCAGAUAGGUAAAUUGGUUCUAUAAACAUCAUGGCCAACAGCACAGAAAACGAAGUGGCUGACAUUAAGCAAGAAGCUGGUGGCGAUGCAGAAAAUGUCGAUUACACAAAUCGUAAAAUUUAUUUUGGUAACCUGCCCUUUGCAACCACUGCCGAGGACCUAGAGAAGUGGGUACUAGAGGGUAUCUCACAGCCUAACGCUAAAGAUGUGAAAGCCGAGAUCGCCAUGGAUGGGAUCGGACGGGCAAGAGGGUUUGGUUACAUCGAAUCUCCUGACGAGUUCAAAGAAGCCAUUCUAAAAUUGCACGGAGAGGCACUCGACGGCCGCAAGCUCCGUGUCCAAGUUGCCCGCGAUGCUAACAGCAAGUCCAGGUUCACUGGUGACAAUAAAGGUGUACAGAGCAACAGGAGACAACGUCCUCGACCGGUAGCCAGCAAGUUGCUCGCCGAUCCCUCACAUACCUACACCUUGAUUGAUGUGGGAGCCAACUUGAUGCAUAAGACAUUCGGUCGACAGGGUCUGCCCAGCCGCACCUUGAAGAAUGUUCUUAAGAGGGCUGAAUCGAUGGGUGUGAAGAAGAUGGUUGUCACAGGGACGUCAAUCGCUACAACUACCGCUGCUCAGGAACUGGUCAAGAAAUACGAGGGAACUCUGUAUUACACAGCAGGUGUCCACCCACAUAGCGCUAAGAUUUGGGAUGACACGACAAUGGAGAAACUGGAAAAGCUAGCUGCGGAUCCAGCAUGUGUAGCCAUUGGAGAAACCGGACUUGACUUUAACCGGAAUUUCUCUGAUCCCAACAUACAGGAAGAAGUGUUUGAGAAGCAGGUUCAACUUGCCUGUAGGCUGAAGAAGCCUCUCCUUCUUCAUGAGAGAGAAGCCCACUCUAAGCUAAUGGAGAUACUGAUGAGGUAUGAAGAGCAGCUUCCUGCUUGUAUUAUCCACUGCUUCACUGGCACUGAAGAUGAAGUCAAGACGUAUGUGGAAAAGAGCUUCUGGAUCGGCCUAACAGGCUUUGUUUGUCAGGUUGACAUCAAGAUUCCCGACAUGUUGAAGGACGGCACUCUGCCACUAGAGAGAGUCCUGUUAGAGAGCAACGCUCCCUUCAUGGAGCCACGGAUCUCUAAAGAUAUUGAGGUUUGGGACUCCUUGAAGCAGGUCCUUGAGUGCCUUCCUCCCUUGACGUACUGGAGCCCGUUUCCUCGCAAUGAGCCCGCGAAGCUCCCCAUUGUGUGUGAGAUUGUUGCGCAUUUCCUUCAGAUGGAACCCAACGAGGUUGCGGAGAAAACCUCCAAGAACGCCUGUCAAGCGUUUGACCUCGACACAGAGUAAAAGUACCGUGCCCAAAGAAAUCACAUGGCAAGUAUUUUUUUUUAUAAGUAGAUUUAAAAUUACAGAUUUUAUUUCUGGAGAAAUUUCGGAGUUGUUGAAGUACGUUGAUUUAUAAGAAGGAGUUGGCAAACAAGUUUUUGUUUACCCUUGUUUUUAUUUUGCAUUUGCAAAUUUUAAAAAUCUUUUUUUUUUCUGCUUUGUGGAUGAAGGUUUUGUUUUAUGGAUUUGGUAUUUUUUAUUUAAAGACUUUAGUGCUAUUUACAUGUACGUGUAGAUUUGAUUUGGUGAUUCUUGCCUCAUGUACAAGAUGAACUAACUAUAAUUGAUUAUUUUACAAAUUCUAGGCGAUAACUCUUUUAGAUUUUAAACGGAUGCUUUGUAUUAAUGUGUCCCUCAAGCAUUGGUGUUAGUUCUGUUACUUCUAAAGGGCCAAUUCAUAAGACAGGGCUUGUAUUGGUGAUACCCAAGCCAGUAUGGACUGUAAAAGGGGUAACCCUGUUCCAGCCCUAUGAGUAGCUGGCAACGGCCUUUGGAAAACAAAUAAUUGUAGCCCACACCUUAAAGUGGCCUUCAGGCAUUGUGUGUCUGGCGACAUACUUUAAAAAAAAGAUUUAAACAAAUAUUAAGUGGCUAAAAUUCCACAAGACUGCAGGGUUUGUAGCUCAAUAUCUUUAUUCACACAACAAUUUUAAUGAGAACAAAUGUUCUUAAAAGUUGAACUUGUAAAAUGUUUUUGAUUUGAACAAGCAAAAUUUACUUUGAUUCUCAGCAAAGGUUAAUGAUAUUCACCAGUACCAGACUCAAAGUCAACAGUUUAAACUAUUUUGUUUUUAAAUUUGAGGUAUUAUUAUUUUGUUGUAAAAAAAUCAAGACCAUCGGAUUUGUCUAGCUACGUGUUCACCAGCCAACUGCUCAGAUCACUUGCUUCAGGCUUGCAGUCCUGUGUAAAUUUUGAGCCCUGUAUGAGGUAUUUUUUUACAAGCAACUGUACUGCAGAAAACCGGCUUGAUACUAAACGGUGGAAACGAAGGCGAUUGCCACCAUGCCCUCUAGUCAAUGCCUUGGUGCCCUUGAAAUGCUUCUGUAGAAGUUAACAAUUUCCUCGCAGGAGAAGAUGUCUUGGUGGCCUUGCCCUUUCAACAAACAAAGCAUACAUGCCUGAGUCAAGUGUUGCAGUACAACAGUUUCUUACGAUAACAACAUGAUUGACAGGUCAAUUAUUCGUCUUUAUCAAGAUUGCUUGGAUUUUGUUUUGGUCCCUCUAGAAAAUUCACUCAAGCAUUCAGAAUGUCUGGUGAAAAAGUUGGUUGAUACCCUUAAUGUUGCCAUUGUUUCACAUUAAGACAAGGCUUUUUUCCCUUUUUUCUUGUCAUCUGUGUGUUCUGUUACACAAUAUUAAAAUACAUUUACUUUCAGCUCAGUAGCUAAAAAAUGUAUAAUGUUAUUCAAGUUCAAACAAAAAAUUGAAAGCAAAAACAACAACCGAGUGCAGAAUUAAAAGCUUCAAAUACGUAACAAAUGAAUAUCAACUAAGAAUUUCUUGAAGAAAAGUCUUUUAGUCUGAACGUAGUGUCCGGAUGUAAGUGCCGCAAAAUGUUCCCAAAAUUUGAAGCUUCUUGUUGUUUUCUAUAAAUUAUUAUUUAAUUUACAAAACAAAACAAAACAAACUCGAAUCUGAGCUACCUUGUUAUGAAAGCAGCUGAUUAGUUUUUUUUUUGCUAAGUUAGGAAUCGGUUUUUAUGGUGGUUAUUUUCCAAUAAGCAUUGUUAAUCUUAUUUUAGGGGCUUCGUAAAAAAAAAAAAUUGGGAUUCCAAUACUCUUUUUGGACUGCUGCGAAAUUUAUCGUGUGUACAAUUUGGUAUUUUGAAAUACAGAUCGUUGAAAUCUGUUAUAUUUCAUUAUUUUAUAAUGUUGUUUUUAAUUUGUUUAAAAGACUUUUACUAUUGUAGUUAUUUGUUGUUUACAAGUUUCCUGCUCAAUUUCAGUGAGGAUUAAUUUAGUCUUACUCACACACAUUCAAAUUCACAAAUAUUUCCCAUAAUCAUUCGAACCAAGAUUUCCUGUUAUCAACUAUUGCAUUCAUUUUAGUUUGCAUGUGCAAUUUCGAUUUUGUUUGUCGAAAUUUUUCCAAUUUGUUCUUAGGUUUGUUAUAGUAAUUCUUUUUCAUUUGAAGACAUCCAAUAUGCCUUGAAUUACGUGGAGGCAACAGAGGUCAUGACCUCGUUGCCCCUGGAAUUGGCCUUGGUGCCCCCUUUACAACUUUCCCAUUGACUUUAAGAUUUCUCAAUGGAAGUCCUCUUUGCAAAAUAUAACAUGCCUCGCCCUUUCAUAAAAUGAAAUUCCAAGCCUGAGCCAAGACUAAGUUUUGACAAAUCAGUUGAAAUUUUACAUCAUGUUUCAAGCUCAAAUUGAAGAAAUAGAAGGGUUUAUCACACUCUUGCUGUUGGCUUUUGCUAAAUUGAAUUAUUUUCGCAACAAUGAAUUUGAAUGAUGUUGCCUGACCGGGUUGAUACUUAACUAUUGACAUUUAAUUACCCAUUUUGACUGUUGAAUACUAAAGCAACAGGACAUUGAUUUUCAAACUAAGUUGAAUUAACUUUUUUUAAACCAGUAGGAAAGCCUAUUAUUAUGUUGUAUGUGUUGUUAUAUUAUUGACAACAGUUUCUUAUGAGGGUUACACUUCAAAUUGUUAAUUUAAUUGUUAAUUUAAUUAACUGAAAGACCCGUUAAUGAAUUCAAACUUGAUAGAACAUCAGCAAUUUUAUAGACUUAUACUGUAGUCAGCAAUAUCGUGUUUUUUUUCAUAUACUAUUGUUGAUUUCAACUCAUCAAACACUUGAUCAAAAAAAAAGACACAAAUUAUGUGAAUGUUAUUGUAAUGA